AUGUCUAUUACAUCCACGACAACGUUUUCUGCAAUCGUUAUAGCCGUAGGAUUAUGGGGAACUCAACAAUUUGUACGGGCCAAGUUGCCAAAGAAUCACCCCCCAAUUAUCCCCAUACCGAUGGAUGACAUACUGAAAAACCCUCGAGCCGCAUAUACAGAAGCGCUUGCAAGACAUGGCCCUAUUAUCGGUGUUUACCGCAAAGGCCUAUUAGAGUUUGUCGUUGAUGACAGCUUGACACAGCUGGUACUCACAAAUGAUCAGCUUUUCAGUUUUGAAGAAGGCACAGCCGCAAUUCUGAAUCUACAUUAUUUCUUUGCUUUAUUCCGAACCAUGUUCCGCAACUUGGAUGAUGUUGUACAAAAUAUGAUCAGAUUCCGCAUGCAAGGCAUGGUCGAACAAAUAUAUCCUAUCUUCUUGCAAAGAACAGAUGAUUUGCUUCGCCAGUCGCAAGGUAAACCGAUCGUGUUGUUCGAUCACACGCUUGGAUGUGUAACGGAAGUCAUGGUCAAGCUUGUUUUCGGGGAGAGCUAUAUGGACCAACGCAGACUCGAUGUAGCCAGUGCAGUAGCCGAGGACAUUGCGCAUCUUGCUGGUAUUUACCAGAAUACAUCGUGGUUUGCCAGAACAUUUCCUGGCAUUUGGUGUCUCUAUACAUGGCUCAGGGUUAUAUUCGUGACGAUAAUAUUUGGGUUUUUGCGGGUCUUUGGGCCACAGCUAUGGCAGGAAUUGCGUACACAACAAUGGGACCCUGACUGUGAAAAUAAUGAUACGAUGGAUGAGAAUAUGUUACAUUACAUAGCUCGAAGACACGCUUCGAAAGACGGAAGUAUAAGCAUUACAUCCACCCUUAAAGUAAUGGGUACACUCACAACAUUACUGUUUGCAUCGAUACAUCAGACUGCAUCUGUCGGAGUAUGGGUCCUCUUCGAACUGGCUAUACGCCCAGAAUACUUGGUUAAAAUAAGAGAAGAGCUGCACAGUAUGACGGAUCCCAUCACAAAUAACCUUGAUGCUGCAAACGCGAACGAGGCAUUGAAGAAAUCAAUAUGGCUAGAUUGUUUUAUUCGAGAAGUUAUGCGCACCAAGGGCGAUACACUGAGUUCUUGUAGGAUGACGACGCAAGACGUCACCCUCGCAGGGUACACAGUACCCAAAGGUAACUUGGUGUUCCCUUUGACCUCGUUGAGUCACGAGAACCCCGUAUAUCAUGGCCCUGACGCACACGUCUUCCGCCCGGAGCGAUGGCACGGUCAGGAAACCAGCCUGGCUGUGACAGGUAGUAUAUCAUACCAUCCAUUCGGGCUCGGUCGUUGGGCAUGUCCAGGGCGUGUUCUAGCUGUGGCUGAGAUGAAAAUGAUAGUUUGGUCUAUCGUUAGCAAAGCUACACCACGCCUAAAAGAUAACACAUAUCAAGUCGUUGACCCACUUAACGUCACUUCAGUCCCUCCUGUUGGAGAGUUGAUAUUGGAGCCGUUUUCCUUUUGAAACUGGAUUUCACCUUUAUUCACAUUUAUAUUUAUAUACAAUUGACGCGCAGCCGUAAACUACCUGUAUGAACUUACCUAUAGACGUCUUUUCCAGAGCGAUUUUAUGUUACAAGUU